CUCUCUCCGCCGCAGUGGGAGAGGAAGCCAAACCUAGAGCUCAGCAGAGACGCUGUCGUGUUAGCAAAAUAAAAAAAAAACUACAGAAAUAUACAGCGAAGAGGGUCUCCAAGCGAGCAUGUGCCAUAUUCUUGCUGGGAAACGAUACGCUUAAACUGAAAGGAGCGGGUUCUGUCGACUGGCAUACGUCGCCAAAGCAGCGGAGGAACCCCGUUGCUGCACCUCACAGGCAGAGUGACUGUGUGCGAGAGCGGGCUCCACUAUCACGAACAGCCUGGUAGGCAGGAACCGCUCGGGGCUGGCUGGCUGGCGCGGAAAGCGACGAUCUGCUCGGCUCUGCUGGUUUUACUUCGCAUUUUCAGCUCUUCAUGGUCGAAAAAUGGCGGACCUCGAAGCGGUACUCGCCGAUGUCAGCUAUUUGAUGGCGAUGGAGAAGAGCAAAUCUACUCCUGCGGCCCGUGCCAGUAAGAAAAUCAUCCUCCCUGAGCCCAGUAUUCGCAGUGUGAUGCAGAAGUACCUGGAGGAGAGAGAUGAACUCACCUUUGACAAAAUUUACAACCAGAAAAUUGGCUUCCUGCUUUUUAAGGACUUCUGUAUGAACGAGAUCGACGAGGCUGUGCCUCAGCUCAAGUUCUACGAAGAAAUCAAGGAGUACGAGAAGCUGGACUCCGAGGAGGAGCGCCUGAGUCGCAGCCGGCAGAUUUAUGACGUCUACAUCAUGAAGGAGCUGCUGUCCUGUUCACAUCCAUUUUCCAAGAAGGCAGUGGACCAUGUGCAGAGUCAUCUGGCAAAGAAACAGGUCCCCCCAACUCUCUUUCAGCCAUACAUAGUGGAGAUCUGUGACAGCUUGAGAGGGAAUAUUUUCCAGAUGUUCAUAGAAAGUGACAAAUUUACUCGGUUUUGCCAGUGGAAGAACGUGGAGCUCAACAUCCAUUUGACCAUGAAUGACUUCAGCGUGCAUCGGAUCAUCGGUAGGGGAGGCUUUGGGGAGGUGUACGGCUGCAGGAAGGCUGACACAGGGAAGAUGUAUGCCAUGAAGUGCUUAGACAAGAAGAGGAUCAAAAUGAAGCAGGGCGAGACUCUGGCGCUCAAUGAGAGAAUCAUGCUGUCAUUAGUCAGCACAGGGGACUGCCCGUUCAUUGUGUGUAUGACAUACGCCUUCCACACCCCCGACAAGCUUUGCUUCAUCCUGGACCUCAUGAACGGGGGUGACCUGCACUACCACCUCUCUCAGCAUGGUGUGUUCAGCGAGAAAGAGAUGCGGUUCUACGCUGCUGAAAUCAUCCUGGGUCUGGAGCACAUGCACAACCGCUUUGUUGUCUACAGAGACCUUAAGCCGGCUAAUAUCCUUCUGGACGAACACGGCCACGUUCGGAUCUCAGACCUCGGCCUGGCCUGCGACUUCUCCAAGAAGAAGCCCCAUGCUAGCGUUGGGACUCAUGGCUACAUGGCUCCAGAGGUCCUUCAGAAGGGAACAGCGUACGACAGCAGUGCAGACUGGUUCUCUUUAGGCUGCAUGCUCUUCAAACUUCUCAGAGGGCACAGCCCCUUCAGACAGCACAAGACCAAAGACAAACAUGAGAUAGACCGCAUGACGCUGACCAUGAAUGUGGAGCUACCAGACUCGUUCACCCCAGAGCUCAAAGAUCUCCUGGAGGGGUUGCUGCAAAGAGAUGUGUCCAAGCGGCUGGGUUGCCAGGGUCGAGGAGCACUGGAGGUGAAGGAGCAUCAGUUUUUCAAAGGUAUCGACUGGCAGCAGGUGUACCUGCAGAAGUACCCCCCUCCUUUAAUCCCACCCAGGGGAGAGGUAAACGCUGCAGACGCUUUUGACAUCGGCUCGUUUGAUGAGGAGGACACCAAGGGCAUCAAGCUGCUGGACAGCGACCAGGAGCUAUACAAAAACUUCCCUCUGGUCAUAUCGGAGCGCUGGCAGCAGGAGGUGGCCGAGACCGUCUACGAGGCGGUCAACUUGGACACGGACAAGAUAGAGGCUCGCAAGAGGACCAAGAACAAGCAGCUUGGCCAUGAGGAAGACUAUGCUUUGGGGAAGGACUGUAUAAUGCACGGCUACAUGCUGAAGCUGGGGAACCCAUUCCUCACUCAGUGGCAGCGCCGCUACUUCUAUCUGUUCCCCAACCGAGUGGAGUGGAGAGGAGAGGGCGAGUCACGGCAAAACCUGCUUACCAUGGAGCAGAUUGUGACGGUGGAAGAAACGCAGGUUAAAGACAAGAAGUGCAUUCUAUUACGCAUCAAAGGAGGGAAGCAGAUUGUUCUCCAGUGUGAGAGUGAUCCUGAGUUUGUGCAGUGGAAGAAAGAGCUGAACGAGGCAUUCACAGAAGCACAGAAGCUGCUGCGCCGUGCCCCCAAGGUGAUUGGGAAGGGCCAAGCCGGCACGGUGGAGCUCUCCAAACCUCCCCUCACACACCGCAACAGCAACGGGCUGUGAAUAAAGGAGCGCACACAUUACUAUAUAUAUAUACACAUACACAUACAUACACACACACACACAAACAUGUAGACACACAUAUACUCUGGGCACCACCUCAUCUCUACAAGACAUCAGCCCCAACUUCACCACGACGCCUCGCAGUGUGUGUAUGGACUCACCAGCCCCUUACCCACACUGCACACCGACAUGACGACGAUCAGAGGAGGUUUCCGUAUUUCUUUUCUGUUUCAUUCACGGAACUCUGUAAGUCACAGGGAAACAGGGCAGACUAAGGGAGGGAAACUCUGAACACAGAACCUCUGCAUGGAUGUGAUGAGGACUGUUGACCUGGUCCUCUAUCAUCCCUGAAUCUCCUUAGUCCCUCCAUCCCCGACCCUUCGCUUUGACUGGAUCUCCCGGACAACCUGAAAGACUUUUGCCAAAUGAAAUAAAAUGUUAAAACAUCAGACCAAGCAGGAGGUCCAAUCAAAGGAGAAAAUUCCUCCUCCCGCUCCUCUUAUAGAAGGCAAUUGAGAAGGGGCGGGGUGCUGCGGGGAAUGUAAAAACAAACGCACACACACAAACAUUAAGAAAAGAAAAUAAUCUGCUGCUCUAGUGUAUUCUGUCGUCCCUCCCUCUUAUCCCCCUUCUCAGUUACUGAAGUGUGCAAAGUGCCAACAUUGAUAUUUUACUUGAGUCACCUGAGUGGCCGGGAGGAGCCGCCCCUUCCCUCUAGACCCUCACAGAGGUGUUUGUUGGCGGCAAUUUAUCAUUCCAGGCUUGAAAAACAGGAGGACCACAAACUCUACAGAUUGGCUCCUGUGCAGCCAGUUUCCAUGGUGACCGGGAUUUCAUUGGCUGUCAAACAGCAACGGGUUGCCAUGGGAACCGUGAAGACCAGUGUACCUGGGGAUGGGUAACCAUGGACUAUAAUGCAUGUAGGCCUGCAGGAGGACGGGGCAGCAGCAGAGCGGGGCAUAUUCAGUGUAUAUAAGCAACCCUUUCUCUGUGCAUCUCCAAUGUUUUAGUCCAAUGUGUUUGCAUUGUUGGGGAACCUCUUUGUGUGCCUCCCAAGGCUUUCCCCAUAGGGGGACGUGGCUAUUCGUCCUCUUUUCUGCAGAGUGGGUGGGGGUGCGGGAGAGCAGGAGUGGAGACAGCUCUCUGUCAGGUGUCAGUGCUGAGUUACCUCUGCUGGGCUGUUUUCAGAUGAAGCCAUCACAGACACACACAUCCUGGUUGGUUUACAAGUUCAGCCAGUGUUGGCAGAGUGAGCACAAGGUGGACAAACAGGAGCUGAAGCUGAGAAAAAGUUUCACUAGCUUUUACUCUCUAACCUGCAUCAUAGAAUAUCUUCAUAUGGUAUCUAGAGACCGAUCCCAAUCUGGUACAUUUAUGUCAAUACCUGGACAUAUCCAGCUCAAAUAUAUUCACCAUAUUAGGUUCACGAGACAAGAUUUUUAGCAAUAUUUUUUGUAAAACUAAAAGUUCCCUUUUUUGCUUUUGUUUUCCAUAAUAGUUUAAAGGUUUCACAAAUCACCAACACUUUUAAGGAAUUUGUAAUUGGUUUGGAAAAUUUCAGUCCAGGUUUUGACUGGGCUAUACUUAGUUUUUUAUGCUUGUCUAGUUCUAAGUUGGUCCCAAAAAAGAGAUUGAUGCUUCUUUUUUGGGUUUUCACAAACAGAAUAAACGUUUUAUAGUUGACAUUGUGUUUGAAAAAAUCUGAGAGUAGAAUUAUCAUGUUCAGGUUUGAUCAGCCCAAGUAUUUUAGAUGUUGAACUAUAAAACAAUCAAAUACAGUCCAAGCUAUAUAAGAAGCUGCCAAAUAACCUUUUAGUUUAGCAUCUGUAGAAAGCAUUAACGGCUAAUGAUGCUAAUAAUGCUCCCUUUAACGUUAGCUGCUAUCGAUGCUUUGGCUAAAAAUGCUAACUUCAUCUUUAGCACCUUUAGCUGUUAACAAUGCUACCUUUAGCAUCAUUGUUAGCUAGCAGUUAUUCAGUUGUAGUUCUCUAUUGAGUUCCAACAAUGCUUCUACAUUAGCUAUUUAAAAGUGGCGUGAGCUUCUUCAGUGUUGACAGCCAGCGCAGCCAGAUGUCUUUAUUAGCUGACUCAAGUACUAUUUCCUUUUCUUUCUCACUACAAAAUAAGAGUUUUAAACACAGCAGGGUCUCCAGGAAUAUUGUUUCAUUUUGACAUCACCAAACCUCAUGGCUCAAGCUGUCAUUACGCCCCCACAAAAAUCAAUUUUUUUCCAGUAAAUAAAAACACCCCUUCACCAGUAAUGACACUCUUCGGUGUAGAAGUUGUUACAUGAACAUUAAGUUGCUUUAUUUGCUUGUUCAGUAUGUUGCACUCAAGCAAAUGAUGUGAAAAUGACAUUUUCUAACCACAUGGAGGAUUGAAGCAGAGCCUUCUCUCAGGUCCAACUAAAUCAAGUUCGGAUUUUUCAAAUUUUUGCCUGUAAUUUUCAUCCUCAAUCUCGUUUAAAAACAUCAGAAUUUUAAAAUGUUUCACUCGAUUUUAUUUUUAGUUAGGAGUUUUUUGGGCCUUUGAAUUUUCAAUCAUUUAAUAAGCAUCAGUUGCAUGUCUUAACUGUACCAAAGACUGGGUAAACUUUUGUUUCUGAAAUACUGCACGCAGUUAUAAAAGCAGGAGUCAUCUUGCUCCUGCAGCUGUUCAGUUUGAAGUUAUCGUCAUAUCUGGAGGAAAAGGAAAGGUAAGAGAGGUGAAGCUAAGAUUCAGCUCAUUCAGUCGGCUUACAAAACAACACAUCAGCUGUCUGUUCAGUUCCCAUUAAUCAGUGACCCCGUUCAGAUGGGGCUUAAAGAUAUUCAGCACCGGUUCAUUUACUGUUUUUCUUAUGCCCCACGGGUGAGGGACGGGGUGUCACACAAUCGCAGUGGUAGAGGAUGUGCGACAGAAGGAGGAAGCUAUUGUCAUUUCAGGGCUUUUAUUUUUUUAUGCAGUACAAUGUCCUGGUCUGGGGUGUUUAGGAGUUGCAAGAUUCAGUAAAAAAAGGGGUGAUUUAGGUAAAUUGUUGCUUUUUUGUGAUGGCCUUUAUUUUUCAGGGGGAAAUCUUAUCGUGUAGAGAUUUUACCACCUUUUAUGGUGUCUUUAUUUUUGUAAAUCAAAAUGGCUUUUGUUUUCAUUGAACGUUCUGUUAUUGCACAUUUUAGCCCAACGUGUUACUUACCAGUUGUUAAAUGUGCCAAAUAACUUUUUUGUUUUCCAAAUGAACGAGUGGAACUAACCGAAAAACUGGAUGAUUUGAUGCUUCUCAGCCAAAUCGUUGAAAAUCCACUCAAACUUUUUAAGGUGGACGUUUUGUUGGAAGGACACAAAGCUGUGACCAAACAUUUCUCCACUGGUGUUUGUGUGUCUGGUUGUGUGUUCAGGUCUGCUUUUCCACCAUGGUGCCGUGUGGAUUCUGAACACACCACACGGUUCUGUGUACUUGUUCCUGAAAGUUUUGGGGUUAUUUUUUCCCUCUGCACUGUAUGUCAUGUGAGUUUGAAAGCAUACGUGAGCCUCAUUAACACCUUGUAUACUCAUCCGGUGGACGUUUUACUUUUUCCUGCCGCACACAGAUUCUCUCGCUCAGACACGCUCAGCACAAUUUAAAAAAGGACAGCAUAUAGGAAAAGUAUAUAUAAAUAUAUGUGUAUAUGAAAUGACAAAAUGCUCUAGGUUUAUUUAAAAGAUUUAAUGUAGAAAACAAAAUGAACUUGAGGGGAGGUUGGGGAUGUCGACGUGAGUAUAAUUGUUUGUGAUGAUGACUUCAGCUCGAAUCUUGCACAUAAAGACUUAUUAGAGAUAUUGUACCUGCAAGUUCCAGAUGAUUAUUUUUGUUCAGACACCAGACUCUGUGCUUUUUCAUAUUUAUUGUGUGCACGUGGAGCCGGUUUGCCGCGUCUCCCCUCCACACGUUCAAGCUUUCAUUCAAGGCUUCCUUUAGAAAAUCCCCCAGUUUACACCCAUCUGAAACUCUUCUUGUUUUCACACGCCACGAACACAAAUACUACUGCUUUUGGGUUAUUCAAAUUAAGGUAAAAACAGCCUGACUGAUAAUAUUAUUCAGUGAAUAUUCUAAAGUUUAUUUUGUUUCAACAAUUCUUUUGUUUUUGAGUUAGAAAGUUGCGUGUUGGACUGCUUGUAAGAACAGUUCAAGAAUAAAAAAUUCUUUUUCUGUGUU